CUAGUGGAGGAGGGAACGUGGACCAGCUCCCUGCUCUCUGACUCCUUUCUAACAGAGGACUUUGUUUUCUCGUUCUCCUUAAGCCUUUCCUUAAAGUCCCUGUCCACUUCCGUCCUAAACCUAAAGAGUUAGGUAGGCCCGCCUCAGACCGCCUCAGAAUCACUUUAGUUUCCAUCCUUUUUGCUCAACAGACUGGGAGACGCUCUGCUCUGAAGCCUUAUUCCCUCCCACACACAGUUCUCUGUCUGAAAGGACACAGCAUUUGUGUUCUCUUCUGGCCCCACCAGUCAAUCUGGACUGAAGCGAGGUCUCCCUCUACUGGACACUGGAGAGAUUGCAUAGGAGUUCUUGGACUCAGACAGAGCGAACAGCCCUGGGCAUGAAGUCAGAUCACCAUCAUACUCCUCAGAGCUGGCCCACGCCAGAACAAGAAACGGUAGAGGGGGGGGAGCAAACAAACAAACAAAAACAAGCAGUAGAGGGCUCAUUAAAAUCGCUCGGAACUUAGAUUGAGUCCGUGACAUUCCCAUGUCAUACAUAGAAACUCCUACCCAUCCCCCCAAAGAUCCCCAAGACUGGCUGCGUGUGCCUGCUCUGUUGGACAUUUCCUUUAAUGCAGCUGAAUGACAGCGUUUUCCACUUGAUUUCCAUGACCGAUUUCUGAGAGAGGAGUUAGGGCCAUAACGGACAUGCCGGCCACGUUUUUGUGCCUGAGACCUUCAUUUCUCCUCUCUGUUUCUCUCCAUCUUUGUAACUUGCAGAUCUAUGCUCUCUCCUGCAGUGCCCCUCGCCUUUCUCUAAGACACCAUGUUCAACUCUAUGACUCCACCGCAAGUCAAUGGCUAUGGUGAGCCAUGCUGUCUCCGACCCCUCCCCAGCCAAGGGGUCCCCAGCUCGGGAACAGAAGGACUUCCUGGUUUGCCCUUUUGCCACCAAGCCAACUUUAUGUCAGGGCCCCAGGGUUAUGGGUCUGCCAGGGAGACCAACGGCUGCACUGAGGGGCCGCUCUUUCCUCCUCCCCGGAGUUCAGUCAAGUUGACAAAGAAGCGGGCGCUCUCCAUCUCACCGCUUUCUGAUGCCAGCCUUGAUCUGCAAACAGUUAUCCGCACCUCACCCAGCUCCCUUGUGGCUUUCAUCAACUCACGCUGCACAUCUCCAGGAGGGUCCUAUGGCCACCUCUCCAUUGGCACCAUGAGCCCGUCUCUAGGCUUCCCACCACCGCAGACAGGUCACCAAAAAGGAACCUCGCCUUCCUAUGGAGUCCAGCCCUGUGUUCCACACGACUCUCCUCGGGGCGGAAUGAUGCUUCACUCUCAGCCCCGGGGACCACGUCCAGCCUGCCAGCUCAAGUCAGAGUCGGACAUGAUGGUCGGCAAGUGUCCAGAGGAGCCUUUGGAGGGAAACAUGUCCAGCCCCAACUCCACAGGCACGCAGGAGCACCUGCUAGGGAUGCUGGAUGGGCGGGAGGACCUGGAGAGAGAGGAGAAACCUGAGCCGGAGUCUGUGUAUGAGACUGACUGCCGCUGGGAUGGCUGCAGUCAGGAGUUUGAUUCCCAGGAGCAGCUGGUGCAUCACAUCAACAGCGAGCACAUCCACGGGGAGCGGAAGGAGUUCGUGUGCCGCUGGGGCGGCUGCUCGCGGGAGCUGAGGCCCUUCAAGGCCCAGUACAUGCUGGUGGUGCACAUGCGCAGACACACGGGGGAGAAGCCGCACAAGUGCACGUUUGAGGGGUGUCGGAAGUCGUACUCACGUCUAGAAAACCUGAAGACGCACCUUCGGUCGCACACGGGUGAGAAGCCUUACAUGUGUGAGCAAGAAGGCUGCAGCAAGGCCUUCAGCAACGCCAGCGACCGCGCCAAGCACCAGAACCGGACCCACUCCAAUGAGAAGCCGUACGUGUGCAAGCUCCCCGGCUGCACCAAGCGCUACACCGAUCCCAGCUCGCUCCGCAAACACGUCAAGACGGUGCACGGGCCUGAUGCCCACGUGACCAAGCGGCAUCGAGGCGAUGGCCCCUUGCCGAGGGCGCCGCCCCUCUCCACAGUGGAGCCCAAGCGGGAAAGGGAAGGCGGAGGGUCCAUCAGGGAAGACAGCAGACUGACUGUGCCCGAGGGAACCAUGCCACAGCAGAGCCCGGGAGCGCAGUCCUCCUGCAGCAGUGAGCACUCCCCAGCAGGCAGCGCGGCCAACACAGACAGCGGUGUGGAGCUGACUGGCAACGCAGGGGGCAGCACGGAGGACCUGUCCAGCCUGGAUGAAGGACCCUGUGUCACGGCCCCUGGGCUCUCCACUCUCCAUCGCCUGGAGAACCUCAGGCUGGAUCAGCUGCAUCAGCUCCGGCCAAUAGGAUCCCGGGGUCUAAAACUGCCCAGCUUAACCCACGCCGGUGCGCCUGUGUCUCGCCGUUUAGGCCCCCCGGUCUCCCUUGACCGCCGCAGCAGCAGCAGCUCCAGCAGCUUUAGCUCUGCUUAUACGGUCAGCCGCCGGUCCUCCUUGGCAUCCCCUUUCCCUCCGGGAUCCCCACCAGAGACCGGGGCCUCAUCGCUACCUGGCCUCACACCUGCCCAGCACUACAUGCUCCGUGCAAGACACACCUCGGCCAGGGCAGACGGUACCCCACCCACCACAGCUCAGAGCCUGGAUCGGAUGGCCGGUCUUCCUGUACCUCCUUGGAGAAGCCGAGCUGAGUACCCAGGAUACAACCCCAAUGCAGGGGUCACCCGGAGGGCCAGUGACCCAGCCCGGGCUGCUGACCAUCCUGCUCCAGCCAGAGUCCAACGGUUCAAGAGUUUGGGAUGUGUCCACAUGCUCCCUAGCGUGGCAGCAGGGCGGAACUUCGAGCCCCACCUCCCCACCUCUGUCUACUCACCACAGGCCCCCAGCAUCACUGAAAACGUUGCCAUGGACACAAGAGGGCUACCGGAGGAGCCAGAGCUUGGAACUUCCGUGAUGGGCAAUGGCCUGACCCCAUGCAUGGACUUUUCAUCUGUCGAUGCUCUGAGAUAUGGGGCCCCUGAGGAGACAGCGGCUGAGCCGUAUGGAGCUAGGGGUCCAGGCUCCCUGCCUCUUGGACCUGGUCCACCGGCCAACUAUGGCCCUAGCCACUGUUCCCAGCAGGUUUCCUAUCCUGACCCCACCCCAGAAACAUGGGGGGAAUUUCCUUCCCAUUCUGGGGUAUACCCUGGCACUAAGGCUCCGAGUGGAGGGUAUAGCCAGUGUCCUCGACUUGAACACUAUGGACAAGCGCAGGUGAAGCCGGAGCAAGGGUGCCCAGUGGGGUCUGGCUCUGCUGGAUUGACACCUUGCCUCAGUGCCCACCCCAGUGAAGGGUCCCCAGGCCCACAACCUCCAUUUUCCCAUUAUCCCCAGCCCCCUCCUCCACAGUAUCCCCAAUUAGGUCCCUAUCCUCAGCCUCCCCAUGAUUAUCUUUCAUCAGAAACCAGGCCUGGCCUCAACUUUGAACCCCCCUCUCCUUCCACAGGACAAAUCAAAGCUCAGCUCGUGUGUAAUUAUGUUCAGUCACAGCAGGAAUUGUUGUGGGAGGGUAGAGGCCGGGGAGGACUCCCCCACCAGGAACUUCCCUAUCAGAGCCCCAAGUUUCUGGGGGGUUCCCCAGGUAGUCAGAGCUCUGCAAAAGCUCCGGCAGCUGCAUACGGAUCUGGCUUUGCUUCUGCUUUGGCCAAUCAUAAGUCAGGCUCCUAUCCUACCCCUUCCCCAUGCCAUGAAACUUUUGAAGUGGGGGUAAACCGGCCUUCCCAUAGGCCGGUAGCACCGCCCCGGCUUCUGCCUCCACUGCCCCCUUGCUAUGGACCCCUCAAAGCAGGGGAUGCCAACCCUAGCUGUGGCCACCCUGAAGUGGGCAGGUUAGGAGCCGGCCCUGCCUUGUACCCUCCCCCUGAAGGGCAGGUGUGUAACCCUCUGGAUUCUCUCGAUCUGGACAACACUCAGCUGGACUUUGUGGCUAUUCUAGAUGAGGCUCAGGGGCUGAGUCCUCUUCCUUCCAAUGAGCAAGGGGACAGCUCUAAAAAUACCCCACCUCCCUCUGGGACUCCCAAUAUGGCAGUGGGUAACAUGAGUGUCUUACUGGGGUCUCUACCUGGAGAGACACAGUUCCUCAACUCUAGUGCCUAAAAGGAUAAGGAACCCCAAGCUAAUCAUGAGGUGCCCAGGGAUGGGCGGUUUGGGCUGGGGACUGUAUUUAGUCUAUGUAUGUUCCAGGAAAAACUUUAUUAAUGACAGUUUCUGACAAUAAAGGAAUG